AGAGCCAGCAAUUUUCUGAUGCAAUCCUCUCGGAGCGGCGUGGGCUAAAGUGAAAGCAGAAUUACUUUACUAAAAUUUUCCGCAUGUUUUAUGUCGCUUAAGUUUGUGAAAAGCAAAGUUUUCUUCAUUCAAGACGUGGACGUUCUACAAUCAGAAAAAUGACGGAAGAAGAUUCGGUAUUUGAUCCAACCCUAAAGAAAAAGAAAAAAAAGAAGAAGACUACCUUUGACAUUGAUGCUGCUUUUAAUGAAGGAGGCAGUAGUGGUGAUGCAGCUGAGAAUGUUGUUGACAAAGAAAAUCAAGAGCCUGAAUCAAUAGUCAUCGAAGAUGAAGAGGCACUUGAUUUGGAAAGUUUUGGGAAAAAAAAGAAGAAAAAGAAGGCAUUUAACUUAGAUGAACUAGAAGCCACUUUACCUGAUAUCAAGAAGGAGGAACCUGUCGAGCAACAAAUUGAGGAAAUUGUUGUGGAUGAUGACUUUGACUUAGAUAUGGAUUUCUCAAAGACAAAAAAGAAGAAAAAAAAGAAGAAGGAUCUUGAUGAAUUAGUGGCUGAAGAAGAACGCAAAGAAAUUGAAGACAAGGAAAAUGUGGAGGAACCGAGUUUGUGGGUGGGCUCGGAUAGAGACUAUACGUAUGAUGAGUUAUUAGUUAGAGUGUUUAACAUUAUGCGAGAGAAGAAUCCUGACAUGGUAGCUGGUAAGAAACAAAAGUUUGUCAUGCGUCCACCACAAGUGGUACGCAUUGGAACGAAGAAAACGUCUUUCGCCAACUUCACCGAGAUUUGUAAAACGUUGCAUAGACAGCCGAAACAUUUACUGGACUUUUUGUUGGCCGAGUUGGGUACAAGUGGCUCGGUCGAUGGUAAUAGUCAGUUGAUUAUCAAAGGUCGUUUUCAACAGAAGCAAAUAGAAAAUGUUCUUAGGAGAUAUAUCAAGGAGUAUGUUACAUGUCACACGUGUCGCUCACCAGAUACGAUUCUUCAAAAGGACACUCGGCUUUUCUUCUUGCAAUGUGAGACAUGUGGUUCGAGAUGUUCUGUUGCUAGCAUUAAGUCUGGAUUCCAGGCUGUCACAGGGAAACGCGCUGCUAUUCGUGCAAAAACUGCCUAAGCAAUUUUUACCUAAGAAAAUGCUAUUGCAAAUAAAAUACUAUAUAAAUAAACGAUACAAAUGAUUACAUCUCGAAUUAA